AGGGUGGAGGGUUGUGACAGAAAUAAACACGUGAUGACGCCCCUGCUGCUGCUCAGCUGCAUUGACUGCAAUUUUCUCUCUCACACACACAUGCACACUAAAUUUGUGUACACUCCUGCAUUUUCUUACAUUGCUCUCUGCUAUCAAGAAGAAUCCAGUGUUUUAUUAGUUGCAACAUGGCGGGGCUGCUGUGUGGGACUAAGAGGAAGAAACAAGUAAGUGAUCUCCAUGAGGAGGGGAAGAAUGCCAUCAAUGCACCACUGCUGCCAUCAGGGACGGACAUCCAUCCAGAAGACACUCUGCUGGAAGAAAAUGCAGAAAGAAUCAUGCUGAAUCCAACAUCGAGGGAAAAUCCUAAAUUUAAAGAUCUCUUGAAGGUCCUGAUUGACUGGAUAAACAGUGAGUUGGAGGAGGAGAGGAUCAUUGUCAAAGACCUGGAGGAGGACUGUUAUGAUGGACAAGUUCUCCAGAAGUUAUUUGAGAAGUUGUCAGGCAGGAAGUUAAACGUGGCGGAGGUGACCCAGUCGGAGAUUGGGCAGAAGCAGAAGCUUCAGACCGUUUUGGAAGCUGUCAACGAUCUGCUGAGACCUCAUGGCUGGACCAUUGAGUGGAGUGUGGACUCCAUCCAUUCAAAAAACCUGGUAGCGAUAGUUUACCUGCUGGUGGCUCUCGCAAUGCACUUCAUGGCGCCCAUCAGGCUUCCUGAGCACGUCUCUGCACAGGUGGUGGUAGUGAAGAAACGGGAGGGGAUCCUGCAGACCGCUGUAGUAACAAAGGAGCUGACAAGCACCACAGAAAUGAUGAUGGGGAGAUUUGAGAGGGAUGCAUUUGACACUUUGCUGGAUCAUGCACCUGACAAGCUCAAUGUGGUAAAAACGUCACUCAUCACCUUUGUGAACAAACACUUGAACAAGCUGAACCUGGAAGUUACUGAGCUGGAAUCUCAGUUUGCUGAUGGAGUGUACUUGAUUUUACUGAUGGGGUUGCUGGAAGACUACUUUGUCCCACUGUACAACUUCUUCCUUACCCCUGAGAGCUUUGAGCAGAAGGUGCACAAUGUAGCUUUUGCCUUUGAGCUGAUGCAAGAUGGAGGCCUGAAGAAACCAAAAGCUAGACCAGAAGAUGUUGUCAACCUAAACCUCAAGUCAACCCUCAGAGUUCUCUACAACCUGUUCAGCAACUACAAAAACUCUGACUGAAAUCUGUUUAUUUAUUUAUUUUUUUGUUUUAUCACUUGAUAUUACUCUAAACUCACCCUGUGCCUGUGUAGACAGUAUUACAGUCUGGACACUGGAGGAAACCACCUGGGACUGAAAGACAUCAUUAUGUGUGCCUUUAAAAAGAUCCAGGGGGGUCUAGUCGGAAUGAGGCUCUGAAUGUUCAUGCUUAAACGUCACGUCUCUAAAUGUCAGUAUUUAUUUAUUCCAUCCUCGAAAGUUAUCUGCAGUGCAGUGAGCACUGUGACCUUUAGCUUUGCAUUUGAAUACAGCCAUAUGGGAAAACGGUAAAGUUGGAAAAUGUUUGUAUGCUCAAAUGAACUAAUUGCCCGCCACUGUGGAAUAUUUUGGGUAGCUGGCUAUGCUGUUACAUUUACAAAUAGUCUCAGUAGGUUUUCUUUUAAAAAAUGAGGAAAAAUUACAUGUUUUGUGGAAAAAUAUUUUCCUAAAGAGUUGGGAAAGUGCAUUAAUUGAAAAUACAAACAGAAUGUAACGAUCUUCAGGUCAUUUGAAUUCCAUAUUUGAGUGACAAAAGUAGAAACACAACACAUCAAAUGAUAAAAUGGGUAUUUAAUGGGUAUUUUAUUGUGCUUUCUUUGUUUUUAUUUUCUUUUCCUGCCUUGAACUUCUGCUCAUGUUGAACUUGAUUCCAGCAAUACAUUACAAAAAAAGCUGAGACAAGGAAAUAAAACUUGUGAAAAUUAAGAAAUUCUAAUAAAAUGCUCUGGCUGAA